AUGAGUCGAGAUUCGAGCAGUCACCAUGGUGGAAGUAAAUCUAAAGCAAAGGCAAAAGCUUCUAGUAUGACAGCCGAACUUGAAAACCAAUUUAUUCUCCGGUUGCCAGAAGACCACGCGCAAAUUCUGCAGGAAGAGAUAAAGAAUGGUUCUUUGAAAGAUAAUUUGAGCAUUGAAAUCCUCGGCGAUAGCAGGCAUGGAACUGUCAAAUUUCACAGCACUUCUUUUUCUGCAAAAGUCAUGGACCUCCCAUCUGUUGUUGAAUCCUGGAAAACAUUAGAUAAGAAGAGCUUCUGGAAAACAGCAGACAUUUGUCAGCUUUUGUUAUGUGUAGAUGAAGAGGCGUCCGAAAGUAGCUCCGACGAAGAUGAUUCUAAGUACAUAGAUCAAUUUAAAAAGCAGCAAGUGUUGGCAAAAAAAUUUCAGUACCAGCAUGGUCUCACGCCACCGUUAAAAAACGUCAAGAAAAAACGUUUUCGUAAAACUGCAAAGAAAAAAUAUAUUGAAGCACCUGAGGUUGAAAAGGAAGUGAAGAGAUUGCUUCGAGCAGAUAUUAGCGCUGUUGAUGUUAGAUAUGAGGUUCUUCAAGAUGAAGAUAAACAAGAGGAUAAUCGUAGUGUUGCUUCUGAUUUAGAUGUCGGUACCUCUUUGAUGCAGUCACCCUCAAAUAUCAAUGAAGACAGCAUGCAGUUUGGUGGUUCAGAAUUUGAAGGAGAGGAAAGUGCAAUCCUACCUGAUAUUAGUAGCAGUGAGGAUGAAGUUGAUAUGGCUGAUUUUGUAAAUGAAAGCAACACAUCAAAGGACAGUUUUUCAAGAGUAGUAUCCUCAGGUGCAUCUGAUGUUAUUGCCGAGCGAAUGGUUGAGCUACAACAAACAUUGCUUGAUGUCCAAUCAAAAAGAGAAGAACAGGAAAUGCGUGUGCAAAAUGCUGCAAAUCCAUUUUUAAAGCAAAGAUUUCAAGGCAUACUUGAUGGUCUACUGCAGAAAGAAAGUGCUCUUCUUUGUGAAAUCAAUGAGUUGCAGAUGAAAUGAAAUUAAUUGUAAAGAAAUAAGAUGUGGAUUCAAUGCAAGCUGCAGAUGAAAUAAUAAACCAUUUUUAAAAUCAUGCACAAUUGUUUUAUUGUAUUGCCAGAUAAAAUAGGAAGUACCAUCAUAUAGAAACUGCUUGUAAAUAUUAAAUAUUAUAUGUAUACCUGAAAACUCUUGUCUUGUGCAUAAUUUCAUACUUAUCCAAAGACAAAAUAACCGGGAUGCAUGUGCCCCCACUUUUCAGAAACAGAAUGAAGUGCUUGUUUUCAGCUAAAAAGGCUCCUCUUGUUAUUACAUGUGUCCUAUGCCUAUGUACUUCUCAACUGAAAAGGCUUUUGACUGAGCAGGUUUCGGGAUCAGACUGACCUUUUUAUGAUCAUUUUGAGGCAGACCAUUUAAAAUUAAAGUACUUUUCUGCAUCCCCCCUUGGAAUAUGAAAAUUAACACUAGCUCUAGGAUAUGACUGCUUUUUAAUAGAGAAGCAAUGUAAAAGUGCAUUUCUGUCAACUUAUGGGUUUUAAUAAAAUGUCCUGGCUUUCAUUUGCAGUUUCAAAAGUGUUGGUACUGAAUUUUCAAUGGGUACCAACAGUGUGUUAAAUUUGUCUUUUUGUACUUUCGCCAUUAGCAACAUUGAUGCUCCUUUAAAAAUAGGUGAACUGAAUCUUCACUACUUCUUAAGGAAACAUUACAUUCCGGAAGAUAAUUUUCAAAAGAUUCAUUCUAGGAUCAUAUUCUAUGAUUUUGAAGAAAAGCUAGAGGACAGAAAAUGAUGUUAAUUAUACUUGUGAGGCAAUUUUUUGUUGGCACUCAAAUAAUUGUAGCACAUAUUUGGAAACUUGAAGAAUAAUAUUUUUCAACACGAAGCCAGGUCCAUGCAGAAAAUGAUUUCACACCCUGUUAUCAGGAGUUCAUUGCCAUUUUUAACUUGAUUCUUCUGCCUUGAUUAUCAAAUUUUGCCAUAUUUACCUAUCUUGCCUUGAAGUAUAAAGUAUGACAACUUUGUCAGGAUAACUAUGAGGGCUUAUACCCAGUUAUACAAGAUGAUUAUAUCAUCAAUUCGCUGCAACUUUAGUUAAUUUAACUAUAGCAAUGCCAAAAUACUAUAACAUAUAUUAUUUCAUCUAAUGUGUUUCAUAGAGUUCAUAUUCAGAUAAAUACACUGGUUUUUGGCUGUGAACUUUUUCGAAAAUUGAUGAAGCAAACUUCAAACAUUUGUUACUCUAACAAGGAUUCAGUUUCAUAGCCAAAACUAUCUAACAUUGAAGCGAAAGCAAAUAUUUGAUUGAUAUAAGCCACCAAAAAGCUUUUCAAAAAAGGGCAGUAAAAACAGCUCAUCAACACAAAAUUGUGCAAUGGAAAAUUAAAAAAUCAUUGAAAACAACAUGACUUUAAAAGAAAGCAGAAAUUAACAGCAGAAUUAUGUUUUCAGAAAAUUUCAUCAAAAAACAAUAUUUUGAAUCAAAAUUUUUCACGACACUCUGACCUACACUUCAGGCAGUGAAAACUGAAAAUUGCCAUAUGUUGGCACUUCAAAGAUUUUGCCUCCUGAAGAACAUCUGCCUUGUUCAAGUCAAAAUUUGCCAUAUGAUUGGUUGUUUGUUUGCUGAAUAACUGUAGCACUGC